AUGUCAGACACGGAUGAUUCCAGUGAUAUUGAGCAACCGCAAGAUGACUACUGGCUCCAGUACAUUUCUCAUCCCACGGAAGGGGGUCCACCCGCUAACCCUGAUCCAACCCUGUUGCUGACAGAGCUAUUGUUUCUACGUAUCAAACCCUUGAGAGCCACGAAUUGGUUCCCUGACGGAACCAGUAUCAAUGCAGAGUUGUUAGAAAAUUUCGAAAAGGCAGGCAGCCGACCCGAUUUCAAGCUCAAGUCUGAAUAUGACGUUGUGGAUCUGACGGUCCGGAAUGAGCGUGGCAGGCUCGCUUCUUGGGCUCUCCAUUCUGGACAUCUCGACGUCCCCGAUGAGUACCGAGAAGAUGUAGACACGAGCGAAACAGAGUAUAUAGAGAGCGUGGCCCAGCUGUACAAUGGCGGGUUCCCAGCGUUGCACCCAGCAGACACGCCUGAAUCACGUCAUACAAGAUCAAUCAUCAUUUCCCGAGAUUUCAAUCAGGAAGCAGCCCAUGAGCUGGAAUAUGGAGAGCCGACAGAGCAGUCUGGCGACUUUUUGGAUAAAGUAGUCGAGUACAGCAGACGCAUCAGGACGGCUUAUGACGAGGAGGAUUGUUCGGGGUUCAGUAGAGAGUUUUGCAGAUUGACACAGGAAUGGAACCGCACUGUGGAGGAUCUGUGGGAUUUGGGGAUCGUGGAUGUUCCUCAUCCUCUUCCUGUAGAGGAAAGCUCUUCUGAGGAGGAGGGUUCUGCUAUGGAGGAGUAA